AUGAGUUCUAUGCUAGCAGAAGUCGAGUCUAUGGAUGGUUUGCCAUUUGUGAAAGACACAUCACCAUCUUUAGAACCAAGUGAGAAAAUCAUCGCGCCAUCCAUUGAAGAAGUUGAUUCAAAUCCGGAAGAGCUACGAAGUAUCCGAGGUCAGGGUCGUUACUUUGGUCUUGAGGACCCUGCAGAUGGCAUUCAGGAGCUAGAGCCUAAGUGUAAUAAUUGCUCUCAAAGGGGACACUUUAAAAGAAACUGUCCGCACGUAAUCUGCUCGUAUUGUGGGUCCAUGGAUGAUCACUAUUCGCAGCAUUGUCCCAAGGCCAUCAAGUGCGCAAACUGUAAUGAGAAUGGACAUUACAGAAGCCAGUGUCCGCACAAAUGGAAAAGAGUUUACUGUACACUCUGUAACAGCAAAAAGCAUUCGAGAAAUCGCUGUCCUAGCAUAUGGAGAAGCUAUUUCUUACUUGAAGGAGAUUCUAAAAGGGUAUUGCCCAUGCACAAAAUAUUCUGCUAUAAUUGCGGUGGUAAAGGACAUUUUGGAGAUGACUGUGAUUUUCGACGCUCAUCAAGAGUCCCUAACGAUGAUGGAAGUGCGUUUUCGGGAGAUAACUUGCCUAAGAAGCUUAAGGUUGAAUAUUAUCGGCAGUUGAAUAAGAGUCGGCGCGAGAAAAGCAGAUUUACAUCCCUGUAUCCUUCUGACACCGAAGAUUAUGACCCUUUCGAGGUGGACGACUACGAAUUUGAUGAUGCCUUCUACGAUGAUAAUGUAAGUUCGAAGAGCAACAAGAAGAGGAAGCGGCGCGGAAGAAAUGAUGGCAAUUCUAGUUUUCAUCCUCCACCGUAUCAAAAGUCUAGAUAUGUUCCAGAGCCAUCUUCAAAAGGUACGGUUUUGCCUCCUAAGCAGAAGAGGAAACAUCCUCUAGAUUUCGAUCGUAGCUCGGGUGGAAAUAGACCUUAUGACAACAUCACAGCGUCUAGAUAUGGAGGGGCCUCUUCUUAUCGCCAGAGCCAAGAUAAUUAUAGACAUUACAACUCGUAUCAGCCUUUUAGAAGUGGAACUUUGGGCAAGAGGCGGUGA